AUGAGCUCUUCAAAAUGUGUAUCCACCAGAGUUGCAGCAUUCGUUCUGUACCUAAUCCCACUGAUAUAUUCCUUCUUGCUCGUCGUAUUUGGGUUCCUAGAGUAUGAGCAGAGAAGGACAUGCAAUUUAUUAGUGCUGUGUGUGCUUUACGGAGUUGUAAUCAUUUUAAUUUGUUCAGUUGGAUGCUAUGGAAUUGUAACUGAAAAUGUCACCUCCAUCAGAUCAACAAUUAUCUUGUUAAUAGUGAACAACAUUAUUAUGACCAUGUUAAUAACUUUCCUGCUGAUUGAUAUUUUAAAUUUCCCCCACGUGGUGACAGUUCACAGAGCUUCCAAAAUUUUGCAGUUUGUGGUGCAAGACAAGAAGGUAGGCUUAGCUUUCUGUUCGGUUGUCUACGGAUUGAUUUUUUUUUCCUUCUGUUUCAUGUGGACCAUUGGAGAUUACUUAGCUCAGCUCGAUGCAAAAUUAUGUUUGGAUGACUUGAGGCAUUCUCAUGACCGCAUGCAGCACAAGAAGAAGAAACAUACGACAAAGCUCCUCGGAGACGAAAGCGAGUUCUUGAUCAAGGUGUAA